UGUUCUUGCUUUAUUUUGUUUUGUUCUUUUUAAUCUCCUUAAUUAUCAUCAAGAGAGACGACAAAUAGACAUGGAGAAUGGUCAUGCUAACCAAUCAUCAGGAUCUGAGAAACGUAUAACCAUUCAUGACUGUGCUCAGUCGGGAGAUAUUGAUGGGUUUCAGAAGCUACUUCAGGAUAAUCCAUCUCUUGUCGAAGAAAGAAAUGCAUUUAUGUCGGAGACACCCCUUCAUGUUUCUGCUAGUAACAACAAGACAGAAAUAGUGAAAUUUCUGCUUGAAUGGAAAGAAGAUGAUAAAGUUGACUUGGAAGCGAAAAAUAUGUACGGAGAAACUCCACUGCAUGUAGCAGCCAAGAAUGGGUGCAAUGAAGCUGCACGAUUACUUCUUGCUCAUGGUGCUCUUGUUGAAGCCAAAACUAAGUAUGGAGCGACACCACUGAUGCUUUCUGUUUAUCACUCAAGUCGAGCUGAAGACUGUUCAAUUGUGGAGACAUUGCUCGAGAAUAAUGCUGAUUGUGAUGCUACUGAUGAUGAGGACAUUAAUCCUGUAGAUCAUCUUUCAAAAAUCCAAGAAAGUGGGAAGUUGCAUGAUUUAUUACACUCUCACCAAGGAGAGCAACGAAAGAAAAAGUUACUUGAAGCAGGCAGCAAGCAAAAAGAAAGGAUGGAUGCCCUCGAAAAAGAGCUAUCAAAUAUUGUGGGUCUGGAUGAACUUAAGAGGCAACUCCGGAAAUGGGCAAAGGGCAUUCUUUUGAAUGAGAGGCGCAAGGCCAUUGGAGUGAAAAUCGGCACUGCUGGAAGACUUCCUCACAUGGCAUUUCUAGGAAAUCCUGGAACAGGUAAGACAAUGGUGGCUCGAAUCCUUGGAAGACUACUCAAUAGUGUGGGAAUUUUGAAAACUGACAAAGUAAAAGAAGUUCAACGGACAGAUUUAGUUGGUCAAUAUAUUGGUCACACUGGAUAUAAGACUAAGAGGAUGAUCCAAGAAGCCGAGGGAGGUAUUCUUUUUGUGGAUGAAGCAUAUCGACUAAUCCCUGAGGAGAGAAGUGGCCGUGACUUUGGAUUAGAAGCCUUAGAAGAGAUCAUGUCUUGUAUGGACAAUGGAAAAGUUUUAGUCAUAUUUGCUGGCUACAAUGAACCAAUGCAACGUGUCAUAUCUUCUAAUGAAGGUUUUAGCAGAAGGGUUACUCACAUUUUUAAUUUUAAAGAUCUGAGCUGUGAAGAAUUAGCUAAUGUUCUCCGUCUCAAGAUGAAGAAUCAAGCCAAGGAUAGCGUGUUACAUGGGUUUAAAUUGCAUUCUUCUUGUGCUAUAGAUGUCAUUGCAGAGUUAAUAAAGACACACACAAUAAAAACUCAGCGUAUGAAAAUGAACGGUGGUUUAGUGGAUAUAAUGUUAACUAAUGCUAAGGAGAAUCUGGAUCUUAGGCUUAGUGAUGAUUGUGAAGACAAGGAUGAAAUGCUCACAAUCAAAUUCGAGGAUUUUGAAGCAGCUAUGGAGUUUUUACCUGAAUAAAUGUUUGGCAUAAAAGAACUUAUUAUACAAAAAAUAAUCAUCUCUUCUAGCGUUUGAGUGCUAUGAAUAAGUGUUCUGGCUUUGUGCCUCUCUGAAUGUUUGAGUGUUAGGAGAUAUUGAUUUGUAUUUGUAAUAACUAUUUGAAGUA